AUGAAGCUUUUUAAAAAUGGCCAUAAUUUGAUAAGCAAGCAGUUUGGAUGCCCGCAGGCGCCUACAGUCACCUGGGAAUUGCAUGUGUACCCGAAUGGAAAACGCGAAGAAGAUGUUGGCAAUGUCUCGUUCUUUUUGCGCCAAGUUGGACUACAGCGUGGCGAAGAUCCGAUCAUGACCGAAUUUCAAAUAUAUGCCCUGGAUGCGAACAUGCUGAGAGUUAGCGUUUGCAGAGACACAAAAGACUUCACUAAUCAGCAAGGGCGAGGAAAAUUCCAGGUAUAA